AUGGGUUCACAGAAGUCAUUACACAUUGACGGUAGAAGGGCAACUUCUUCGCGCGGACAAACGACUCUGGUGAUGCGAUCAUAUCACGAUGUAGAAUUUGAGUGCCGUUUUGAUGCGCACAUUUUGCCUAGUAUAACUUCGACGAUUCCCGCAUCUCCAAUUGACACGAGCGGGUACAAACACUUACACAACAUACCACUGGCUGAUCCGACAUUUCACACGCCAGGAAGCAUCGAUGUACUCAUUGGAGCGGACAUCACGGGCAUGCUUCCCCUGGGUGAAACUAUCACUGGUGGGACUAAGCAGCCGUGCGCUCUCCAUACGCGUCUCGGUUGGGUCAUAUGCGGACCUACAUCGCCACGCUGUGCGUCACUCCCCGCCUUGGGCACACCGACCGAAUGUGCUACCUGGGAACUGGAGGAGGUUCCUCGCCCCAAAACGACCGAUGACAUUUGCGAAGAGAUUUUCCAACGAACCGUAUCGCGCAAGAGCAAUGGCCGAUACAUAGUGCAGAUCCCAUUUUCUCCGGAUGCGCCUGCACUCGGUGAUUCCUACGGCAAGGCGCUGGGCCACUUUUUCAACCUUGAGAGGCGUCUGAGGGGUGAUGAUGACUUGCGCCAGAAGUAUGUUCAGUUUAUGCGCGAGUACGAGACGCUCGGCCACAUGGAGAAGAUCACGCUAUAA